UUAAGAGGACGGUGCAUGUCGAAGGUUGCUCUGGACGAUAAAGGUGAGAGUGGCAACACGGAGGCCUUAAAACAACUCUCAAAUGACCUGAAAACAAAUUCAGUGGGAUUUAUACACGGGGUGAAAUCAGUAGACGGUAUGUCCGGGCGCGCGAGAGGAAAAUCACGUGGCAGAGAGACUGGGGCCCGAGGUGCGCAACCACCUCUGCCUCAGAAGGAAGCUCAAACCGUGUGGCCACCACCGCCUGAGAGAGAGCUCCGAGGGAGGGGAAGACAGAAAUCUGCCCCUGUGGCGGUGGCAGAAGGAGAAAAGCUGUAUCACUGCUCGGAGUGUGGGAAGAGUUUUACGUGGCAGAGGAGUCUCCAAAGACACCAGCGCAUUCAUACAGGAGUGACACUGUAUCACUGCUCGGAGUGUGGGAAGAGUUUUAUUACACAAAGUAAACUCCAAAAACACCAGCACAUUCAUACAGGAGUGAGAGGGUAUCACUGCUCGGAGUGUGGGAAGAGUUUUACGCAGCAGAGUAGCCUCCAAAGACACCAGAUCAUUCAUACAGGAGUGAGACCGUAUCACUGCUCAGAGUGUGGGAAGAGUUUUACACGGCAGAGUAGCCUCCAAAAACACCAGCGCAUUCAUACAGGAGUGAGACCGUAUCACUGCUCAGAGUGUGGGAAGAGUUUUACGCAGCAGAGUAGUCUCCAAAUACACCAGCGCAUUCAUACAGGAGUGAGACCGUAUCACUGCUCGGAGUGUGGGAAGAGUUUUACGCAGCAGAAUAGUCUCCAAACACACCAGUUCAUUCAUACAGGAGUGAGACCGUAUCACUGCUCGGUGUGUGGGAAGGGUUUUACGCAGCAGAGUAAUCUCCGAACACACCAGCGCAUUCAUACAGGAGUGAGACCGCAUCACUGCUCGGAGUGUGGGAAGAGUUUUACGCAGCAUAGUAGUCUUCAAACACACCUGAGCAUUCAUACAGGAGUGAGACCGUAUCACUGCUCGGAGUGUGGGAAGAGUUUUACGCAGCAGAGUAAACUCCAUACACACCAGCGCAUUCAUACAGCACAUACAAAACGCCGACGACCAACUCACGACCCAAACGGGACUAGUUAUAGUGUCCUUCCGGAUGGAUACAUUGUGGUUAAGAGGACGGUGCAUGUCGUAGGUCGAAGGUUGCUGUGGACGAUAAAGAGUGGCAACACGGAGGCCUUAAAACAACUCUCAAAUGACCUGAAAACAAAUUCAGUGGGAUUUAUACACGGUGUGAAAUCAGUAGACGGUAUGUCCGGGCGCGCGAGAGGAAGAUCACGUGGCAGAGAGACUGGGGCCCGAAGCGAUCAACCACCUCUGCCCCAGAAGGAAGCUCAAGCCGUGUGGCCACCACCGCCUGAGAGAGAGCUCCGAGGGAGGGGAAGACAGAAAUCUGCCCCUGUGGCGGCGGCAGAAGGAGAAAAGCUGUAUCACUGCUCGGAGUGUGGGAAGAGUUUUACUCAGCAGAGUAGUCUCCAAACACACCAGCGCAUUCAUACAGGAGUGAGACCGUAUCACUGCUCAGAGUGUGGGAAGAGUUUUACGCAGCAGGGUAAUCUCCAAGCACACCAGCACAUUCAUAAAGGAGUGAGACCAUAUCACUGCUCGGAGUGUGGGAAGAGUUUUACGUGGCAGAGUAGUCUCCAAAUACACCAGCGCAUUCAUACAGGAGUGAGACCGUAUCACUGCUCGGAGUGUGGGAAGAGUUUUAUUACACAAAGUAAUCUCCAAAGACACCAGCGCAUUCAUACAGGAGUGAGACCGUAUUACUGCUCGGAGUGUGGGAAGAGUUUUAUUACACAACGUGAUCUCCAAACACACCAGCGCAUUCAUACAGGAGUGAGACCGUAUCACUGCUCGGAGUGUGGGAAGAGUUUUACGCAGCAGAGUAGUCUCCAAAGACACCAGCACGUUCAUACAGGAGUGAGGCCAUAUUACUGCUCGGAGUGUGGGAAGAGUUUUAUUACACAAAGUAAACUCCAAAUACACCAGCACGUUCAUACAGGAGUGAGACCGUAUCACUGCUCAGAGUGUGGGAAGAGUUUUAUUACACAAAGUAAUCUCCAAACACACCUGAGCAUUCAUACAGGAGUGAGACCGUAUCACUGCUCAGAGUGUGGGAAGAGUUUUAUUACACAAUGUGAUCUCCAAAUACACCAGCACAUUCAUACAGGAGUGAGACCGUAUCACUGCUCAGAGUGUGGGAAGAGUUUUAUUACACAAAGUAAUCUCCAAACACACCAGCGCAUUCAUACAGGAGUGAGACCGUAUCACUGCUCGGAGUGUGGGAAGAGUUUUAUUACACAAAGUAAUCUCCAAAGACACCAGCGCAUUCAUACGGGAGUGAGACCGUAUCACUGCUCGGAGUGUGGGAAGAGUUUUACGCAGCAGAAUAGUCUCCAAACACACCAGCGCAUUCAUACAGGAGUGAGACCGUAUCACUGCUCAGAGUGUGGGAAGAGUUUUAUUACACAACGUGAUCUCCAAAUACACCAGCGCAUUCAUACAGGAGUGAGACCGUAUCACUGCUCGGAGUGUGGGAAGAGUUUUACGCAGCAGAGUAGUCUCCAAACACACCAGCGCAUUCAUACAGGAGUGAGACCGUAUCACUGCUUGGUGUGUGGGAAGAGUUUUACAUGGCAGAAUAGUCUCCAAACACACCAGUGCGUUCAUACAGCACAUACAAAAGAUUGACCUUUUCCUGUCUUUGGAAUAUUUUAUUUAUAAAUACAAUAUUUAAAAGAAAAAAAAGGUGUUGCUAAUAAAUGUAUUACCUUCUUUUCACAUAGGUUUAAAAUAAAUAAAAAAGUCUGUGUCA